AUGUGUUCAGGUGUGAAGCCCCUUGCCCCAGCACCUGAAGUCACGGGAGCAAGGGGCAGUAGUAUGAGGUGCCUGCAAUAUAUGGAGCAAGGAGAGGCCGCCCCGCUGUGGAAGCAUCGCUUGGGGCUGCAUGCGGCCUGCGAGAAGCCGCUCCGUGAAGAGUCUGCCCCGGUGGAUGGCGCUCCUGAAGAGGCGGCAACGGAGGCAGGAGAGUUCCACAUAUGCGCUUGCCUGUCUUCACUCUCCCGCCUCACACACUGCCUUAGCCUCCCCUCAUGCCCCUCUUUCUCUCUCUCUUCCCUUGCAGUGCUGGGAGAGGAGUACUGCUCUGGCUACAUCGACACGUUCGGGAAGUGGAGCAAUGGGUUCCCCUGCCCAAGACAAGACAAUGACCAGCCUGUCUACUGCUGCGGCACGGAUAACUACAAGUACUGCUGUAAUAAGAAGGAUAUGCACGCUCUUUCCCAUGACAUCCCACAGUUGCCUCUGGGCCUCGGGGUGGUGUUCGGGGUAGCAGUGGCCGUCGUCGUCAUCGUAGUGGUGUCCUGCUUCCACUGCUCCUGCUGCCUUCUCUACAAGAAACGGCAGCCCACUAAUGGAGCCUCGGGGGUUGCCAACAUGUACAGCUUCUCCGGCACCACCACGCCCUCCGAGACGCCAAGGUCACUCUCAAGAGCUUCAUCGAGGUCUCACGGCACCGUUGAGUCAGGGUCCACCAGCAACCAUCACGUGGACCACAACCGCCUGCUGGAAGGGGAUGAGGGACGCUCCGGUCUGCCCACCUUCUCUGCAGACUCCCGCGGCCUCUCCCACCGCCCAGUGUCCAUGAGUGACCGGUCCAGCACGGUGUCUGACGGAGGUCCUGGCCCCGUCGAGCUGCCGCCGCCCUACUGCGCCCCGCAUUCCACCUUGGUCGCUGUCCGCACCGCCACCACCGCCCUCGGGCCACGCCCCGUCUCGCCCCCCUACCCACCCUCCAGCAACCCCUAUGUCAUCAGUGGAGGGGAGGGUGGCUAUGCUUCUGGUCCCCUGGCAACCUUCCCGCAGACCUUCCUGUCACCAGCCUCGCCCGCUCGUCCACUCACCAUAAGAGCGCCGCACUCGCUAACCCAGAGCUUCGCCCCCGCCCUCACGCCCACCACUCGCCCCUGCAGCACCGCCCAUAUCAUCCACACCACCCACCCGGGGGCUGACGACCACCUCUACACCGCUACCAAGUUUUGAAGUGAUCGAAGUCUUCCGCGUCUCCCAGUGGAAAUCUAAGGUCGUGUCUUAUUGAGGGAAAAGGUGAAGGUAGCGGAGCGAGGCUGGGACGACGCAGCGAGGGGACGACGAGGAGGGCACGGCGACGAGUGCUUUUUAUACUUGCAUGGGGAACAUGAACUGAAAAUUGAGUGUGACUUGUUGUAUCAUACAUGUAAUCAAUUAUGAGGACGAGGCAGGCAGUGCGUGCUGAAAGAUGCACUGGUGGGAGUGGCAGUGGAAGUGACGCCCCACUGGAGGCUUGGGAAGGACCUGGACUGGGGCCCUGCGGUGGUGUUCUGUGCAGGACUGGAAGGCAGGAACAUAAGGACGUGAUGACGCUGAUCGAGGGUUUGGUGUCGUGAAGGAAGCAGCGAGUCCGGACGCUUGAUGAGGGUUCUGAAAGACGAGACUCUGAACGCCAUUAUUGUCUGGGAUGGUAAUCAGAUGCAGUUCUUUCCACUACGUUGUAUCAUUUGUCUCGAUGUAAUUAGAGUUAAGAAACUAAUUUCAUACUUAUAGAUUGUAUCACAUAAAGUGUAAAAUCUUGACAUUCAUCAGAAGCUUUUUUUUUUUUUUGUAUAAUUAUGAAAUUAUCUUUUAUAGAAAGAUAAACAAUUUUUUUCCCAUUUUAAAACAAAAUUCUUAUGCAAAAUCAUGAAAAAUUAUGUAAUUCUCCAUUAUAUUUGUCACGUGAGGUAACAAGACUGUAACAAGAGUCUGCGGGAAGGUCAAGUCCAGCCAGAGUGCGUGGCUUCCUGUACAGCGUCCGGCGGCGAGGCGGAGGUCAAUCCCGCCUAGCCCUGAGUGGCGACGCUCCCCUGAGUAACGCAGCCGUCCACUUAAAACUUGCAGUGAUGGCCGGCCGGACAGGGGAGGCGGGUCGGGUUCAGUUAGGAGUUACAAGAAGUGACUGGGCUAAAAAAGAGAAAAAGGAAGGGAAAGAGGAAGAGAAGGAGGCGAGAAGGAAGAAGGAGGAAGAUUGAGAGGAGGAGCCGCCAGCUGUGGAUUCAGGAAUCGUGUUUAAAGUCCUCUUCUUUCUCCUCUAUAUCUUCCUCUUCCUUGGGAAAGCUUCAUGGAGAAAGUUCUCAAGACUUUUGAGAGAAAAUGGUGAAGAGCACGGGCGUGUGUGAAGUGAAAAGUGUGUGUAGGUCUGCGGGUGUGGCGGUGCGGGCCGCGAGGGUGACCACGGCAAGGCGUCCAGAUAUCUGCCCCUCGUGAGUGUUUCUGUGUGUGUAUGUCGAAAAGUUAAUUGAUGGAGCUUCCCCAGAGUUUAAAAUGCUCAUUUGUGCAGUUGGAAAGCCUUUUAAUAGCUCACAUGUAGAGGCUCGGAAGAGUUUGUAAACUCAUUUAAAGAGCUUUCUGUGAGUUUAUGAACUACUUUGUGGAGCUUUUUGUAAAUGUAAAGACUCAUUUUUAGAUCUUCCUAGAUACUCGAGGUUUAUGGACACAACCUCCUUGGAGAUUUCUGAAGGAGAUUCUCAGAUGGCGUAUUUUGAUGUACAUAAUAUUGGCACAGGUCCAAAUAUUUUUGUGGUGCAUAACGUUUCUGAGGCUUUCGGGUCACUCUGCGUGGCUUGCUGACAUGAAGCAGCAGCAACCUGCUUACAUUUACGCAAGAUAAAGAUAAUUCUGGUGCCGCUGAGCCUACGUAUGAACGCACGGGCGUCGGCUGUGUGGGGGGAAGCGUGAUCGGCGGCGCUCAACGUCUUGGGAAGUGAUGUCUGAUGAAUAUGAGAGUGAGAGAAGGAUUUAUCUCACGCCGCUUUCCAGUGGUCAAAAUGGAUGGGAAAUCAGGUGGAAUCAACCGUCCACUCAUUUGUCUUUUCUUGAGGGAAAUUUCUGUUGUCAUUUGUAUUUAGAAUGCUUGGAAAAUCUUCAGUCUUGAUAACGAUUUGUAAGAGAGAUAUUAUCACAGUUAACAAAGAUAUUUCAUAAGUAUGGAGUCCUUCUCUUCAAGAAAAAGGUACAGCUUCGUGUCGCAGCGAGAAACAGCUGUCGGUGACAGAGAAAGAUUAAAAAAAAAAAAAAAGGAGAAAAGAAAGCCUCUGCAUUGGGAGUGUUGAAAGUCAGUGGACAGCAGCUCGCGUUAAACCCAUUUUAUCCGAGGCAAGCAGUAACUCAGGGCCUUAACUGGUGCGAUUCGAGGCGUUCUCGUCCUUUUCUUUCAUUAGUGGGACAUGACUUCUGUGGGAGAGGACGUCACACUUGGUUCCAGCUCGGGGCCACGUCUUCUGUCCUUACAUUGUUCACGUUUUUGCCGAGUGACGCCCUCAGCGCCCCACCCUUAGCUUAGCACCCUGACCGGCACACCCUCCCUUCGCCCUUGUCAUCUCGCGGGUCAGUCUUUCUUUCUUUCUUUCUGGUCAGUCUUUCCUGUGCUGUGUAAUUUUCUUAUUCCCUGAUCCACUCUCCUAUAACACACACACACACACACACACACACACACACACACACACACACACACACACACACACACACACACACACACACACACAAGGAAAACGAAAAUGCUUGCAGUCCACGCCACUGACUCAUGUUUUUGAGGCAGUACAAGACCCUGAUGCCACACUGCCACAUCCUUCCUCCUCUUCCUCCUCCUCCUCCUCCUCCUCCUCCUCCUCCUCCUCCUCCUCCUUCUCCUCCUCCCGGUGCACAGUGUCUGAGGGACCUCGUCGCAGCCUUCCUCAGACACUUUGCAGCUGCUGUCGCAGUAUCCGAAUAAAAUGGGGGAUUUUAUUCGGAUACGGUUUUCCCGCGCGCUCCCUCUGUGAUACCGGAGAUGUUUGGGGUGAACGCUUCUGUUUCUAAACGUUUUGUAAGGCUUUCUCUUCCUCUACAGAUAUAUUUUCUUAAUGUUUAAGAUGUGUACACUGGUCUGCGUUUGAGCUUACAGAUAUCUACGAUUUAUAUGAAGCAAACAUAGAUCCAUGUUGAUAUGACUGGCAUUGAAGUUUGGUAAUCAAUAUGUAUAUACAUUCAACUUAAAUGUAUUCAUAAAUACGUAAAUAUAUAUAUUCAAUGGAGUUUUGUACAAUUAUAGUCAGCUAUUUCAUACAAAGGCAUGAAAUUUACACAUGUGAACUAUUUGACAUUUACAGGAAAAUACUAAACAUGUCCAAGUUUCAUGCCGGUGGCCUGCAGGAAGGAAGGAGCAUUCUGAGAUACAUAUAUAUUCUGAUGACGUGUAACCUGAGCAUAGGUACUUAAUAUAUUUAUGAAUAUUAACAGAAAAGUGACUCCUGUCCAGUGUUGUACAUAAUGAUGUGUGCAGUGAAAACAAAUUUAUAUUGAAGGUUUUCGUCCAUACGGUACUUUGUUAUGUGCAUUGUUGUGUUACCGUCAGUGUACGUACCUUGUUCCUGCUUGCGAGUGUCGCGCGUGAGUCACUGAGGCCAGCGUGCGGCGAGCCUGCCACCCGAGCUCUGCUCCACCCCGGCGUGCGGCCCAGCGCCCCGCCAGCCAAGCGUGGGCGAGGCGCUGUCUGGUCCCGCUGUGGAAGUUGAAUUUUGUAUGUAUAAGUUCGUAAUAAAAGUGCCCUUUUCUGACAGC